AUGCCAUUACGACUAGAUGUGAAACGGAAUCUUUUGGCCCGCUCUGAUCGAGUCAAGGCCACAGAUCUCCAUCCCAAGGAACCAUGGAUGCUGGCCGCCUUGUACAAUGGAAAUGUUCAUAUUUGGGAUAUAAACUCACAAAAUUUGGUGAAGACCUUUGAGGUAUCCGAGUUGCCAGUGAGAGCCGCGGUAUUUGUGCCCCGAAAGAAUUGGAUUGUCACUGGUUCAGAUGACAUGAAGAUCAGGGUUUUCAAUUACAACACAUUGGAACGAGUACAUGAAUUCGAGGCGCAUUCUGAUUAUUUGCGGUCUAUAGCUGUUCAUCCGACGCAGCCUUUUCUUUUGACGUCCAGCGAUGAUAUGCUGAUAAAAUUGUGGGAUUGGGAUAACAAAUGGACUUUGAAACAAACGUUCGAAGGUAUGUUGUUGCCUAAUUCUUCGUUUGGAACAUCCUUAAAACUUGGAAUGAAAGAAUCUUUGUUUUUUCAUUUAUUUUUAAGGAAAGAUAAUCCUUUUGUAGCAAUUACCCAUUUAAAUGUUUUUUUUUAAUAUGGUUGCAACUACAAAGAUAAAUAUGAUAAACAUUAAUAUUUUGAAGUAUAAAUUAACGCGGAGUGAGUAAUUAUACUUUUGCUUUAGGCCACACUCACUAUGUGAUGCAACUGGUUAUCAAUCCUAAGGAUAACAAUACAUUCGCCACUGCCUCCUUGGAUAAGACAAUAAAGGUCUGGCAAUUCGGAAGUCCAAUCCCCAAUUUCACUUUGGAAGGUCACGAGAAGGGAGUAAGUGCUUUAUUUUAACGUCGAUUCUAUUUUUAGGUAAACUGUGUCGAUUACUAUCAUGGUGGUGAUAAACCUUAUCUGAUCUCUGGGGCCGAUGACCAUCUUGUGAAAAUUUGGGAUUAUCAGAAUAAGAAUUGUGUAGCCACUUUGGAUGGUCAUACACACAAUAUUUCUGCUGUGAGAUUCCAUCCAGAACUUCCAAUUAUUCUGACAGGAUCUGAAGAUUCAACUGUGAAAAUAUGGAGAGCUAACACUUAUCGGUAUGUUGUUUACCUUCCUCGAUGUAUUUUAAUGGCUAUUGGUUUGGUGAUGGUAUUAUUAUAGACUCGAGACAACAAUGAGCUAUGGCCUAGAAAGAGUUUGGUGUAUAUCAGCUCUUAAGGGAUCCAACACCAUUGCUAUUGGUUAUGAUGAAGGAUCAGUUGCCAUCAAGUUAGGACGGGAGGAGCCCGCCGUUUCGAUGGAUUCAGCUGGAAAGAUUCUUUGGGCGAAGCAUUCCGAAAUCCAGCAAGCCAAUCUGAAUACCAUUGAUCAAACAUCUCUUGAAGAAGUCCACGGUAAAUAUUUGAAGAUGUAAAUUAGUGUUUUAGAUGGAGAACGUCUCGCUCUGUCAGUGAAGGAUAUGGGUGCAUGUGAAAUCUACCCACAGACUGUUGAACACAACUCGAAUGGGCGCUAUGUUGUUGUCUGUGGAGAUGGAGAGUACAUUGUUUAUACUGCCACUGCUCUCAGAAACAAAGCUUUUGGAUCUGGGUUAGAGUUUGUCUGGUCAAAUGAUCCCAACAUGUAUGCCGUUCGAGAAACUGGUUCCACUAUCAAAAUUCACAAAGGAUUCAAGGUGAGUCUUAUAUUAUCAGUAUAUAAAUUUUUUCGGUCUAGGAAGCCCAGACUUUGAGACCAGAUAUUGUGGUUGAUGGAAUUGAUGGUGGGGUUCUUCUUGCUGCACGAUCAACAAGCUCCUUGUGUUUUUAUGAUUGGGAAUCGGCGCAACUAAUCAGAAGAAUCGAAAUUGCGGCCAAGAAGGUGUAUUGGUCUGAGAAGGGCGAUCUCGUGGCCAUCGCAGGGGAAACUCAAUUUUAUAUUCUCAAAUUUAAUGCCGAAGCUUUAGUCAAUCUUAACCCCGAUGACCUUACAGAAGAUGGAAUUGAGGAUUCUUUCGAGGUUGUUGGUGGGUAUUACUGGAUAUUGUUUUAUUCCGUUUAUGUUAUUUGUACAAAAUACAUUUCAGGAGAACAGACGGAGACUGUUAAGACAGCUUGUUGGAUUGGUGAUUGCUUCAUCUUUACAACAGCUCUCAAUCGGCUGAGUUACUAUGUUGGUGGGGAGAUUGUGACUAUUGCUCAUCUUGAUAAACCGAUUUAUUUGGUAAGUGAAAAGCUUACAUGUAAAAUAAAUUUUUAGUUGGGUUACUCGGCUAAGGAUAGCCGAGUCUAUGCCUGCGACAAGGAGCACAACAUCGUCUCAUAUAAAUUGUUGUUAUCCGUCUUGGAGUACCAGACGGCUGUGAUGAGAAAGGAUUUCCAAAGUGCCGACACAAUUCUUCGAACCAUUCCGAAAGACCAGCGAACUCGAGUAGCGCAAUUCUUGGAGAAACAAGUAAGUUUUUGCAAUUUGUAUUGCGGUAUUUUUAUACUUUUUUUAAUAUUGGAUUUCUCAGGGCUUCAAAAAGCAGGCUCUGGCCGUGAGUCAAGAUCCCGAGCAUCGUUUUGAACUUUCGAUUUCCUUGGGCGAUCUCAAGGUCGCUUACGAAUUAGCUCAGCAAUCUGACAGUGAAGAGAAGUGGCGACAAUUGGCUCAGGCAGCGACCCUCAAGAGUGAUCUUCUUUUGGCCGGGGAAUGUUUGGGACGGGCCAAGGAUUACGGAGGUCUUCUUCUGCUGGCUUCUUGUGCUGGAUCACCCCAAUUGAUGAACAAAUUGUCUACUGAAUCGAGGUCAUCUGGACAGCAUAAUGUGUCUUUCUUGUCGUCGCUUCUUCUUGGAGAUAUCGAGAAAUGUUUGGAUAUUCUGAUUGAAUCUGAUAGAAUCCCCGAGGCAGCUUUCUUCGCCCGGACAUAUUGCCCAUCUCAAGUACCUCGUGUUGUUGCACUUUGGAAAGAAAAGGCUUCUCAACAUUACUCUGGCAUUGGAAAAAAGGUAAGAAAUUUGGUUUUUUACUAAUUAAGGAGCUUUGUUCAGAAUAUCGGGGAGAGUUUGGCUGACCCUGUGAAGUACGAGAACCUGUUCCCUAAUUAUUCGGAGGCUGUCAAGGCCGAAAAAUAUUUGAGUGAACUCUCAAAGAUCCCAGUUCCAGCAUCAAAAAGGGUAAUUCCAAAUGCAGAGAGGAAUGUGAUCGAGGAGAUGAGGCAGGCAGAGGCAAAAGGGGACUUCCAUUAUUCGGAAGACGGAUCGUCAUCGUUGAAAGGAGUUAGAGAACAGCCUGAAGUGCCCGUUGCAGCGUCCCCAUUGGUGUCAGCAGCGGUUGAUCUGAAAGAAUUGCCCCCUCCGCCAGUAAGGGAGCCAUCUCCGUUGGAGGAAAUCAAACCUCGAGUCGUUCAACCAUCUCCCCCAGUAGAAGAUGACGAUGAAGAAGCCGAGGAAGAAGAAGAGAUUCCAAUCGCUGUUCAGGUAUUAAUAAUUUCUUUUGACGAGAGCUCGAGAAACCUCGUGUUUUAGUUUUUUUCUGGGGACUUAAACCAUUUGAAAGAGCGUGAAAACUGGCCGGGCCCCCAGCUGUAGAUCGUGAGCUAGGUCACGUACAGUAGUUGUCAGUGAAUUGUCAAUUUUUUUAUCUCGAGUGUAACUUUACGAGAAUGAACAUAAUUUGAUGAGAUCAAAAGCGUUAAAGACGCUGGAAGACACGCUUUAACCCUGUGAAAUUAUUUUAUUUCAUAUCAGCCACAGGCGUGGUAAAAAUUUUAAAGCAACUUUUUUUGGUGGACAACGAGUUGCCAAUUUUUACAUUUCGAGGUAUAAGAUCUCAAUAAACCAGCAUGCAAAGAUUAGAAUGGAGAGCAAUCAGUUGCCAGCAAUUAUAAAACAGCAUACAACCGGUUUCAGCCAUUUGUGUAAUCUCCUUAGCUUUCUACAGGUCGGGCACUUGGGGGUAGACCAUGUACAAUGUAAUGUCAGCUUAGGGGUCUCAAAGGGCGAAAUUAGUUGAUGUUCCGGUUUUUAGUGGAACAUUAUUGCUUAUAUUGAACAAAAUUGCACCAGAUUACAACUUGGAAGGGCUAAGGGUCAAGAAAACGGGGAAUUUUAAUCUCAAUCGCUGAAAAAGCUAGCGGUUUUUGUCUUCUGUCAAACCAGUCCAUUCCUAAGCAAAGCCGGCCGUCUGGUGGGCCUAACCUGUUGGAGUUAGUUGCCGGGCCUAACGUUUCCUAUCCGGGGAUAGUGGAGAAGUUGAUACUGAUCCCCCAUCUUCUCUAAAAAGAAGUGUUCUUGGUCGAGGGAGCAGAUUAAACCAACGCAAACAUUGUGGUGACCUAAGUGAUAACGGUUAUUUUAAAAAAUGUUUUUUUAGAAACAGCCAGAUCUGCCAAAAUCAGAACCCAAAUCCUCAGAAGGCUGGUCGGAUGACGAUGAAGAGUUCGCGGACACGAACGCCGGGGACGAUAUAGACCUGGAUCAGCUAAGUCUUGGCGACGAUCACCAAGAUUAA